AUGGCAACCGAAUUAACUGUUCAAUCAGAAAGAGCUUUCCAAAAGCAACCACAUAUUUUCACCAACCCAAAAGCUAAAGCCAACAGAAAAACCAAAAGAUGGUAUAAAGAUGUCGGUUUAGGAUUCAAAACCCCAAAAGCCGCUAUUGAAGGUUCAUAUAUUGAUAAAAAAUGUCCAUUUGUAGGAACUGUAUCAAUUAGAGGUAAAAUUUUAACAGGUACUGUUGUAUCAACUAAAAUGCAUAGAACUAUUAUUAUCAGAAGAGAUUAUUUACAUUAUGUUCCAAAAUAUAAUAGAUACGAAAAAAGACAUAAAAAUGUUGCUGCUCAUGUUUCACCAGCUUUCAGAGUUCAAGAAGGUGAUGUUGUCACAGUUGGUCAAUGUAGACCAAUUUCAAAAACUAUAAGAUUCAAUGUUUUAAAAGUUGCAGCAACCGCUUCAAAAUCAAAAGGUUUUUUCAAAUUUUAA